GAAAUUUCAACAGGUUACACUCAAAGUUUAUUUUCAUCUUUCACAGAAUCCUUAAUUACAGAAAUAAAUGGAUGUUCUCAAUACAUUCAAUAAAUUAUACUCGAGUGUGAGUACUACAGUGUCACAGCUAUCAAAUCAUUUGCCGGGAAAUCCAUUAACUAGAGAGUAUGAAGUGGAAAAUCAAAUUUGCUCGGCUGGAAUCGGACUAUUAUGGCGGGUAUACAAAGGAACGAAAAAGUCAACGAAGCAAGAAGCUUCAAUAUUCGUGUUUGAAAAGAAGCAGCUGGAGAAAUUUGGCAGCAAAGAUGACAAAGAUCAAAUAAUAGAAAUUCUGAAAAAAGGAGUUGUUCAAUUGACCAAAAUAAGACAUCCACAUAUCCUUACAAUGCAACAUCCUCUGGAAGAAUCAAGAGAUUCGUUCGCCUUUGCUACUGAACCUGUUUUUGCUAGUUUAGCGAAUGUCCUUGGAAAUACUUCAAACUUGGCUAAUCCAAACAGUUUUAGUUCACAUAAGCUACAUGAUGUGGAUACAAAAUACGGACUGAUACAAAUUUGUGAAGGUCUUGGAUUUCUCCACUCAGAUGUUAAACUUUUACAUCGAAACAUUUGCCCUGAAUCGAUUAUAAUUAAUCAACAAGGAGCUUGGAAGAUUUUUGGCUUCGAUUAUUGCGUAUUAAAUCAAAAUCCUCAUGAUGCAAAGCCAUUCUGGCCAUUCCAUGAAUACAACUCAUCUUGGCAUGCUCUUUGUCAGCCGAGUUUAGAAUAUAUGGCACCAGAAUGUGCUUUAAUUAGCAACUAUACAGCAGAAAGUGAUAUCUUCUCACUCGGUGUGCUAAUUUAUGCUACUUACUCAAGUGGUGGUAAGCCAAUCAAAAUGUUUGGAAAGGAUUAUCAGACGUUUCGUAAAUAUGCUCAAGAAUUGAAGCAAGGGAAGUAUCCACUGUUGAAUUGCAUACCCGAAGGACUACAAAAUGAAGUUAAGAUGAUGUUAAAUGCGACACCUGAGUUGAGGAUUAAUUUGCACGAAUUUACUAAAAUUGCAUUUUUUGAUGAUAUUGGAGUCAAAACGCUUCACUAUUUGGACCAACUAUUUCAAUGGGAUAAUCUGCAGAAAUCUAAGUUUUAUAAGGGCCUUCCUCAAGUCAUUCAAAAACUUCCACAUCGUAUUAAUGUCUUUCGAAUUCUUCCAUGUCUCGUGAAGGAAUUCGUCAAUCCGCCAAUGAUCCCUUUUGUGCUACCAAAUGUCUUGCUUAUUGCUGAAAAUUGUAAUAAUCAAGAAUAUGUCAAGCAUGUCCUUGUGCAUUUAAAACCAGUCAUGAAAAUUACAGAACCUAUUCAAAUUUUAUUAAUUUUCAUGCAAAAAAUGGACUUGCUGCUUAAAUUAACGCCUGCUGAAGAUGUCAAAACUGAUGUAUUACCGAUGUUAUAUCGUGCAUUGGAAUCAGAUGCUCAACAAAUUCAAGAAUUAUGUUUAAGUAUUUUGCCAACAUUUGCAUCACUUGUUGACUAUCCGUCAAUGAAGAACCACUUGCUGCCAAGAAUUAAAAAAUUAUGUGUAACUACUCAACUGAUUAGUGUUAAAGUUAAUUGCUUAUUAUGUAUUGGAAAGCUACUUGAGCACCUCGAUAAAUGGCUUGUUAUGGACGAAGUUAUUCCAUUUUUACCACAAAUUCCAUCACGCGAACCGGCAGUUAUUAUGGCAAUAUUGGGGAUAUACAAGCUAGCAUUAACACACAGCAAACUUGGAUUAACAAAAGAAUCACUUGCUAAUAAAGUCAUUCCAUUUUUAGUUCCACUUUCAAUUGAGAAUGGCUUGUCAUUGAAUCAAUUCAAUUCCAUUAUGGUCUUAGUUAAAGAUAUGAUUCAACGAGUCGAAAGUGAGCAUCGAACGAAAUUGGAACAAUUAACGAAUAUUCAAAAGGAAUCAAAUACAUUGAAAUUUCAGUCUCAGACACAACUUGUACCGAAUGCAAAGUCUCCAGUUAAGUCACAGUCAGACGAUGUCUUUUCAAAUCUUGGUCUCGAACAGUUUCUUAAUGACAUGGAGGAAAAUGGCGGUAAUGACUCAAAUGCUGGAAAUAACAAUUCAAUGUCAACAAGUUCUAGUUCCAUGAGCUUACAGGACAAACAACGAGUGACACAGCAACAAGAACUUAAUCAAAGACUUCAGUCACAGCCAUCAAUUGCGCCAAAACAAGCUCCACUGAAAAUUUUAAAUAAACCAAAAGACUUGACAACAUCAUUGAUGGAUAAUCAGCUCAAUCAGCUUAAAUUGACACAUAAUGCACCGAAUAAUAAUAACACAUGGUUUGCUCCAACAACAAACACUUGGAAUACAUCCCCACAAAAUAAUAAUAAUACAAUGCCAACAUCAGCAUCUGCUCAGUUUAAUCCAGCAUCAAAAAAAGAUGACGAUUGGGGUGCAUUCGAUGAUUUACUUCCGAAUAGCAAUAAGAAGAAAGUUGCCAUGAAUCAAAUGAAGUCAAGCAGCAGUCAGCCUGUCAAUUUGAUGCAUCUAUCUAAUAGCAAUAAUUCGAUGACUAAUCGAAAGAAAAAUGAACUAUCGGCCGAUGACAUCAUGGAGUUUCUGAAGUAAAUAAUAACCGUGCAAUCUACUUUCGUAUUUGAUGAAAUAUUAUUAAUAUUUUUAAUAAUAAUCCAUUCCAUA